AUGUUUGCUGAUAUUCAAGUCUCUCUUUACUAUUUCACUUACUCAGAUAGCACUUCCUGGAUUAAGAAAAACCUUAGCCAAAGUGUCACAACUAACGGAGGUUAUAAAUCAACUGCUGGGUCCCUUGACUCAAGUGAAAAGUCUGCAUUACCCGCCUUACCAAGCAAAAAGCCUUAUCCACCGCCUCCAAUUGGAAAGAAGCCAAUUCCUUCAAAACCUGAUAUAACAAAACAGUCCACCAUCGACAACAAGGAGUUGAGCAGAUCCUGUUCAUCCCCGAAAGGUUCAACUUCAAACCUGUCUGAGAACAAAUCCCGGGAUAAAGAAAGUCAUAGAGAGAAGGACAAAGAUGAUAAAGGUUUCCCCGAUUUUGAUAAUUUGGAUUUGCCUCCAUCUGAGAAACUUGUCCAUUUAACGGCUAAUCGGGUAAAGCAACCAAAUAAGCGCCCACCGUCCCAGGUGUUUUUGCACACUGCAAUGAACCUCAAACCUAUUGUAAUUGAAGAAGAGAAGAAUGAACUGAAAGAUUCAAAAGAGAAGGAAUCAUUUCGAGGUGAUAAGAAAUCUGCUGCUCUUACUGCUGUUUCCUUGAAGGAAGAAAAGAAGAUAAGUGGGAAAGAUGACAGAAAGUCGAUGCCAAGCACCCCACCUCUGCCUCCUGGUAUACACUCAUCAAAGAGUUACAAGAAGGAAGAGAACAAAGAGGAAGCCAAAAGACCUGUCAGUUAUGUAUCAUCCUCUUCAUCGUCUGUCACCUCCGUUAUAGAACAACAAAAACUUCGAUCACCAUCUUUGAGUAAGAAGACAGAUAUAUCUUCACCAAGUGAUGUUGGGGCGGCCUAUAGCAGUGAUAAUCUGAAAGAGUUACUUGAAGAGAUCAAAGAAUUGAAAGCAAACAUGGUAACCAGGUCAUCAUUCCAGGAUCUUCAGGCAGAGAAUGAGAAACUGCGCCAAGACCUAGAGUCUGUGAAGACGACACUUCACCGCAAAGUUAGAGACAUUAUCUUUGAGUUGGAUGAGGAGAAGAAGGUGCGGUUGAACAUGCAGGUGGAAAUUGAUCGGAUGAAAAAACUUGUGUCUGAGUCAACCAUUUGA